AUCCGCGCCCUGCUGAGAGGCCUGGCCAGGGUCUUCGAUGGUGAGCGCACUGUUCCUGGCCCCUGAGCCCGGCGGGUAUCCCUGCAGGUGACACAGGGGCCCUGGGAUGCCGCCCAGGUGGCAGCGUGACCCUCCCCUCCUUGCUGCUCAGGAGAAAACUAGCCGUCACUUCUGCACGGGCGCCCCCAUCCCCCGGACUGGAUGUUCACCGCCCCCACUGCAGGGUCAGGACGUGACAUGGUGGUGGCUGCAGUUUGACCAGGGCUCUGAUGAGGCCGUGCAGCUCCUGAAGAUCACAAAGGUACCAGGCCCGAGGACAGGAGUUUGGGGACAGGAGCUUGACGCCAGGAGAUGCGCAGACCCCGCCGCUCCUGAGGUCUCACUGGGCUUGUGGUUGUCACCCUCCGGUUAUGACAACCCCGAUGACAACCCGUUCACCUUCUCCAGUGACAUCGCCCUGCUGAAGCUGGUCACGCCUGCCGCUUCGCACAGAGUGUCUGCCGUGUGGCUGCCCAGCGAGGACCAGGACUUCCCAUGGGGAGCUGUGUGCUACCACGGCCUGGGCAAGACCAGUCACACUGGUGAGACCCGGCUGGGCACUAUGGCCGCUGACCCCUCACCCUGCCCUGCCGGACACCAGCACCCCCUACAGGCUGCAGGAGGUGGUCGUGCCCCUGGUGUCUGCACCCACUGCAGGAAGUUCUGGGGCAGCCUGGUCACUGAUGUGAAGAUCUGCACCAGGGCCAGAGGCGUCUCCUCCUGCUCAGCAUGGCCUCUGGGCUGUGCCCACGCCCUCUCCCAUCCCAUCGUGGGCUCCUGA